ACCGCGGGUUCUCUUUAUCCCACCCACACCCAAUCAGAACUUUCUCUCUCUCCUGGACCGACGAACGUGAAUAAACACGAAAAAUUAGAGAAGUGGAAGAGUCGGCGAUUUUAAAUCUGUGACGAUAACGAAAGACAUAUGUUUAUGUAUAAGAGAUUAUUUAAUGCAUAAUGACAUUUAAUAAUGAUUCUGUUUUAAACGAUUGUGAGUUCGUCGCUGUGUGAAAGCGUCAAAGUCAAAGACAAAAUAUUGGCUUUUGCUACAUUAUUGUGUCUCGCAGCUUAUCCUGCUGCAUUGUGCAUGUGAGUGGUUGAACAUGGUUCAUGCCUUUGUCAUCCACACCCUCUGCCCUGGAAAUGCUGGUUCUGGGUCAGUGUGUAGAGUCCUGUACUCAAAGAUGUUUAGCAUCGAGACCUUAGAGGCCACAAGUGAAAACCGUGAAGUAACUCGGCUCAAGCAGAAGGAGCAGAUAGCAGCGGUGGCCAGGCAAGUCACGUCAGCUUGCAGUUUGUCACGCCAGGCUGUAGGGAAGUCCAUUCUUGACUUAUCCCAGACCACUUUGGAUGAAUCUUCUGCCCUUCUGGAUGCUGACUAUGGCAUAUUUAGACUAUUAGCCGGUGAACCCUUCCAGCAGGAAAAGGUGGUGUUAUGGCUGGGGGUAAUCUCUGUUGGCUUCACAAUGGUCUGUGAACCUCAUGAUAAUCUUCUGCUGGCAGAGAAUGUUCUACGUACACUAGCUUCUCAUUGCUUGGAGCACUUGCGCCUUCUGGGACCAGGCACUGACAUCCUUCUAAAAGCUGACCGUACUGAGGCCAUCCUUAAUCGGUUUCUGCCUCAUGGCCAGCUUUUGUUUACUAAUCAUCGCUUCAUGCAGGCUUUGGAAAAGGAUCUUGGGGCUUACAUGGCCAAGUAGUUUGUCUGCUGUGUAAAGAAUCAGACUUUUUACUGUGUGUCAUUUGUAAAUGCCAAAUAAGGAAGUGUUCAGAAACAACCUAUAGUAACUACUGGCCAUCAGUUGGGAGUUUCUGUAGUUAAAUUCAAAAAUGAAUAUCUGCAACCUUGUAUUUUUGUCUGCUUGGCAUUUCGCCUUUUAUUGUCUGCCAAACUGGCGAAAUUCCCUUUGAUUUUCAAAAGUUGAAAGUGUGCAUCUACAAAAUUAUUCCACAUGGUGGCAGCCACCAGCAACAAUUAUCAAGUGGGAAAGCAAUUUUUUGUUCUUCAUUUUGCAAACGUUGUUAUGGCGUUUUUGCUUUUAAAUCUGAAGUGAAGAGGGGAUUAAGAGUGGUAACCAAGUAAUGCCUGCUGUUUCUUUUUUGCUGUAAUCACACCUAAUAUAACCUUUUAUUAUGAAUGUAUUAAUUUUCCCAUCUUUGGGUAAUAUUAGCUCCUGCUGUGGUUUUCUAUUGCUGGAGUUGUGAAUCUAGACAAGCCCUACCAGCACAGUAGGAGCCUUUUCAAACUGUUCAUUCUAAGUUGUCUGAAACUCAAAUGCCUUGACUUCAAGAGAUCAAUAUCCUUUUUAAUUGGAUUAAGAGUUGAAGACUAUAUUUUAGGUGUUCUGUUUAAAUUCACCUGAAGCUUUACUUACAAGCACCAACUGAAAAUGGUGACAAAAGACUUUAGGAAUAAUUUACAUGUGCUCAUUCUGGUUGGAUGCAGUAUGCAUGGCUUGAACACACAUCAUGUUCUGGUUUUUACAGUACUUUUGAGUUCUUUUCCCAUAGUUGGGGUGUUUGUAAGAAUACUUCUAAUGUACAGUGUAAAUAAUGACGCACAGGAUAACAAUGGCUGAAUCAUUUAAGA